AUGGAGGAGGAGGAGGGUGGAGCGGAGGGAGACUGCGUCUACCUCAUCGCUAGGCUGAUCCUCCUCACCUCAGCACAGACCGUGCAGGAGGGGCUCGACAUGCUCGACUACCUCAGGCUGCGGCAUCACUCCCGCUCGCUCUUCCUCCCGGCGUGCAAGCAGGCGGCCACCCUGAGCCUCCUCCUCCCUCGGCGAUGCUCCGGGCGAGGGGAGCAGGACCGGCUGAUGGGAGCGUCUCGCCUCCUCUUCCUCUCCGGGGACUACGAGCAGAGCUUCGACCGGGUUACUGAGCUCGUGAGCCGCUACAUCCUGGAGGAGGAGGCGUCAGCGGGGAGGGAGGAGGCCAUCCGGUUCUGCCUGCAGCUGAGGAACCAGCUGGAGGAGAACGGGGGGCAGGCGGUGAACGGGAGCCUGAGGAACGAGCUGAUCGAGUGGGUGCAGAGGAGCAGCAGGAACGCGGAGGAGGUGGAAGCCAUGUUCACCCUCCUCCUCCUCAUGGAAGCCCAUGAGCUGUAUGCUCAGCAGAGCUUUGCGCAGGCUCUGAACCUCCUGCUGGAGGGAAGGCAGACCCCCCACCCCCCCGGCGCUCACAUGUCCCUGUCCUACUCCCAGUUCCUGUCCAGCUGGAGGUCCCGGAGCUUCUUGCCGGUGCUCAACGGCAGGACGGAAGCUGGUGAGAUCGAACGAGCAGCCGCACGAGCGGCUGAGAAGAUCCGAGCGAUGGACUCAGAUCUCUCCGGAGCUCCUCAGGAGGAGGAGAAGUAG